AUGCCAAAUCACAUAACAGCAUUGUCCGCCAACUGCUCCCAUUCGUCUCAGUCAGUGUCUGCUAAUACGUUGCUAGGAUAUGAAUGGAUGUUGUGGAAGAAAAACAAGAUGAAGCAACAAAUAAAGGAUCAUGUUUACUUCCAGGAUGAUUCCAUUAUCUUGAAGACAAUGCUGAAUUCUUCAAUCCUUGGAGAAAUGCAAGCUGAAGUCGAGGUUCUUGCUACAGCGCUACACCAAAUUGAAGAAAUCACACACUUAUGGGUCACAGCCCAGAAUAAGUGGAUGUACCUCAUUAAAGUAUUUGAGAAACCAAGUUUUAUUAAAGAAUUUGAUCUUCAGGCCACUACGUUUGAAUUCUCCGUUCACAACAAAUUCAAAGAAUGGAUGCGUGUGGUAAACGCUGACCCCAAGGUAAUGUCGGUUUGCCCCAAAUCAAUGAGUGAGAAAGAUCAUCGUGUCCUCCAGGGAAACAAGUUACGGAAAAUGUUGCUGUCGAUUAUUGAAACCAUGGAACACAUUUUGAAGAAACUGCAGCGAUUUUUGGACGAAAGUCGAAUGGAUUUCCCUCGUCUCUUCUUCCUCAGUGACAACGAGGUGACAGACUUACUUGCGGUCACUGACCGACCUGAACAACUGGUGCCCAGUGCACGUAAAUGUUUCCCGGGCCUCUUCAAUUUGGCAUUAAGAGUUCCAAAACAAACAAACAAGAAAUCUUCUCAUAUGCUCACUGCCAGCGAAUUGUCUCGGAACACUGAGAAACUUGAAGCAUUUGCAAUUAUUGGUGAAAUGGAUGAACUUUUGCCCCUGGCCUCUGAGUCACUAGGGCCACUCCAGUUCAACUUGCAAUGGUUCAAAGAUCUGGAACAGUCCAUGAAGGAUACAAUGGUAGAGGCACUUACAGAUUGUGUGAGAUCUCGAUUUGAAGAUCUUGGGAUAAUACCGUAUUACAAAGAAGCAAUGUCCUUUGAAUCUUGGAUCAAUGAGUUUCCUGUGCAGUGCAUCGUUGUUGCUGAAUCUGUAGUAUGGGAAAAACAAAUGAGAAAAUGUUUGGAACAGAAAAGUGCUUCCAAUUUGGAAGACUUCAAGAAGACCCUCAUUCAGCAGAUUUCCCAUCUAACUGGUCUCCUGCACGAGCUUUUUAACAGAUUCUGUUCUGCUGGUACAAAACAAAGGAAUUUUGCUGUAUUCACAAACCUGAUUGCCCAGACUUUGAACAGGCGAGACCUUGUCCAAGAAAUACUCAACAGUGAAAGUCCCGUGGACAACAAAUGUUUUGAAUGGAAAAUCUGUUUGAGGCACCAAAUGGACUAUAAACCAGUUCUGAGGGCUGAACCUGAGAUAGAUCUGACCCCUGAUCUCUCUCUAAAGGCAAAUGAAAAGGAAGUGGACUUGGCUCGCUCCAAAACCAUUGUGAAGACAGCCUAUGAGAUGAGCCAAUGCCGGGUCAUACAGCUUACAGUGUCAACACCUUAUGCCUAUGAGUACCUCGGUCCUAAGUCAGGGUUGAUGUUCAUUCACAAUCCUCUUACCAAUAGAGCCAUGCUUUCACUUACACAGAGCUUGAAAAAUUACCAGUGUGCAACAAUCACAGGGGCCUCGUCGGUUGGCAAGACAGAGACUAUUAAGGAGUUUGCCAGGUUAUAUGGUCAAUGCCUGUUCACCAUCUGCUGCAGUCCGCUGCUGACCUGUGUCCAUAUUGUCCAGUAUCUCACUGGCCUCCUCACAAGUGGGUGCUGGGCCCUUUUUGACAAUGUCAACCGAAUACCAACAGAUGUAAUGUAUAUAAUGAGUCAACAUCUUGACCAUAUUCAGUCAGUACUCAGGGACCUGCAGUUAGUUCAGAAUUCACAAUACACAAUCAGAGGCCAACCAAAGUUUGAUAAGAAAACUGAUGGUUUGAAUGGUCCAUUGAUACGGAGGAACUCUCUGACCACACUUCAUUCUUUGGAAAAAGUAGUUAUGUCUGCUGACACUGUGGCGCCUGUUCAAAGACAGAGGACGGUACCCCAUGGUUACAAUGAUAAAGGAUUGAUAACAUUCUUUGCGGAUGAAUGGGUUUGUGAGAGAACUCAAAGACGAAAUUCCCUCAAGGAAGUGAUCAAUAUCAGAGAUUCAAAAAUGUACCGCAGAAAGAAACCUCCGCCACUGGAGUAUGGUGAGUGUUCUUGCAUUCUGCAACCCCGAAAGGUCCAGUUCAACACUUCAAACUUGAGUUGUCUCACAAAGAUUCUGUCGGCAGUGAGGGUCAUUGUGGAAAAUGAAAAUAUCCUUCUACAAAAAGACAGGCAAGAUCCUUGUUCUUUGAUGACCGAUGAAGAGAAGAUUGUGAUGAGGAGUAUCGUGAAAGUUUUACGUCCGUGUCUCAUGGAAGGAGAAGAAACUGCGCAGUUUGUUAGAACUCUGCGAGACGUCUUCAAGCUAACGAUGCCGGAGUGCAGCAUGCAGGAUGUGGUGUUGCAGGAAGGUUUGAAGAAUCAUCUGAAGGAGACUUUCUCAGAUUUCUCUCAAGGAAUGUUGGAUAAGCUGAUUGAACUGUAUAGCUGCUGUGGACAGACAAACCGAAGCACAAUUCUAUGUGGGCCUUCUGGAAGUGGGAAAAGUACCAUGUUAAAUGCUCUUGUACACACACUCAACAUGCUCAGCUAUCAGAUGUCUGGACUGGAUCCUGACGAAGAGAGAAGGAAACAGAAGUCUCAUGGAUUAUCAAAAUUUAAUGGAAAAUCAAGGAAAAGGCUCCAACUCUUGCGAGAAACCAUUGCAAAUUUCCAGCCACCUUUGAAAAUUGUUGACAAGCUGGGUUUGUCCGAGAAAUAUAAGAAAAGCUGUUAUCCUCGCAUCUAUAAGUCGUAUAUAUAUCCCAGUUCGAUGUCGCCUGAGGAGUUUAUUGGUCAUUACAGCCCUUAUGGAUGGCAGACAGGGUUCUUGUGUCAAGAACUAGACAGAAUUUCUCCCAGCAGAACCGGAAAUGCUCUUGAAUUUAUUGAUGAUGUUCCAAAGUCUUUUGGAUAUUCUCAAGUCUGGUUCGUCUUUGACGGACCGUUGCAUACGUCAUGGUGUGAUCCGAUAUCUGGUUUGUUUGAUGCAUCUCGCACAUUGGUGCUUCCGAAUGGUGAAACGUUUGUGUUGAGUGAAGAUACCAAGAUAAUUAUGGAGACUGACAAACUCAGCUCUGCAUCACCUGCCAUGCUGAGCCAGUGUUUGGUUGUGUUCUGUAACAACACCACUUUCCAUUGGGCCACCUACUUCCAGGCAUGGAAGAAAGACAUCAACUUUAAACCUUACAUGACAGAGGACAGAGAUGAUGAAAGAUUUAGCAGUCACGUCCGAGAUCUGCUUAGCAUCACUACAUAUCCAGUAUCAUUUCCAAGUGAUGGUAGUGUCUUUGAUUAUUGGGUCAGCGAUUCCAAUGGUAUGUUCUGCAGUUGGAGUGACCAGUCGUCUGUAAAGUUCAGAAAGCCAUCGUCUGCAUACAUCAUGGUACCAGAGAUUGACCGUUACUCAUUUGUGAUUGAUCUCAUGUUGAAUAUCCGCAGACCCGUCCUCAUUUCAGGAUCAGCCGGAAUUGGGAAGACAGAUUAUGUACAGAACAUCGUAGGCAGUAAUCUAUUUAUGACCACAAUACGGAUGUCCCCUGUUCGUAAUCGGAUGGCAAUACUCGAGGAGCUGCUGCUGUGCGAACAGAGAGCAACAGAAGGGGGCAGGCCCCACGUCAAGUCCAGCAGCACGAAAGACAAUUCAAAAAAACCCAAGGCCUCAGCGACGCAACCAACAGGCAUCUCUCACCUUCUCUUCAUCGAUGACCUCAGCUUAGCACGAUGGGAAAAUGGUUGUCAGCCAACCUUGGAACUACUUCGUCAGAUCAUGAAUGAGGCAGAAUUUUACGACAAAGAACAGCAUGCACAGUGCAGUGUGCAUUAUCUUAACUUCAUAGCCGCCAUAACAUCACCAACAGAUCUCGGAACUGGUCUUGGACAUGGGACACACAUUUUAAGUCAAAGACUCGGCAAUCUUUUCUUCAACAUAACAUUCCACACGCCAACCACAAGUCAACUGGUUUCAAUAUAUUCUCAGGUCUUCCAAAUCUUGCUCGAAGAUUUACCUUCCACUUUCCAGCUUCAGAUUUACAUACCAAAUUUAGCACAGUGUUUGACCCAAAGCACCAUAGAAUUGUACACCCGUGUCAAAGAGAAGUUGAAACCAACCCCAGAGCAUCCAUACUAUUUGUUCACACUUCACGAUGUGGCCCAUAUUUACAAUGGUCUGAGGUUACUGACCCCAAGGAAUGCCAGCGUCUUACUGAAAGAAAUGAAAAAGGCUGAGCAAUCUAUCAUUUGUACCAGUCAACAGGCCCAGACUGAGGAUUCUCAAGAACACUCGUCGUUCUCUUCAUACCCUUGUCCACCUUUGAUAUGCAUCAUCAUCCGUCUUUGGAUUCAUGAAAGUUCCAGAACUUUGGCUGACAGAAUUCUGGACAAUAACGAUAAAAAUUGGUUCUGGGAUACCAUGGAAGAAAUUCUGAAAAAAUACGUAUGCCAAACCAGUUCAAAAGAUCUCUUGACCACACCAGAAAGGGAGCAUUUUGAGGACAAGAGUUUUCCAGAAAGCUCCCCGUCUUCCUUUGCCUACCUGGGCACGAAUUUCGGGAUGUCCCAAUACAGCCACGAGAUCGAUGACGAGAAGGCCAAUGCCCCACGAUCGGACACAGAAGAUGAAGAAGAAGAAACGGAUUCAGAUUUUCAUUUGAGUGCAACACCUACCAGAGGUUCAGCUCAUACUAUGGCUUCCUCAAAGACAACAGUAAGAAAGUUGGGCCAGACUUCAGAAGCUGGCAGUACUUUCACCAUUACAAGGACAAGUCCUGAUAGCGAAUGCAUCUCCGAAGAAUUCACCUUCCUCCUGUUGAAUGUACAAACUCCAAGUGCUGAAAUACCGCAAACUCAAGAACAACCCAGACGCAGCUCGUUUUCACAUGUAGCUGCAACUUCUUGCGUUACACCCGCCAGAAAGAAGUCCGUAGAAGGAGAAUUUACCAUUUCAUUGAAUGAGGUCAGAGGAUCAUUUAAAUCCCUCAGAGACAUACUUUUUACUAAAUACAUUCUUUACCUGAAAGAUGAACCUUACCUGCACACAGCCUACAUUGAAGGAACUGAAGACAGGCUAAUGGCCAUGCUGGAUACCAUAAUGAAGAAAUACAAUGAGAACUAUCAACCAAAAUGGAAUCUGGUGCCAUUCAAUGAAGCCCAACAAAGAAUUGCCUGCUUAACACGUGCCUUGGCAAUGGAUCAUGGCCACAGUAUCUCUAUCGUCGAUUCAACAAGAACUUCAAUCCAACUAACUCUCUGCAAAUUUGCUGCUUUUGCAGCAAAUAUGAAGGUCUUCACACCAGACCUUACAAAAUGUCUGCCGGCAGAUGCCAAUGAAGUACUCAAUACAUGUCUGAAAGAGGCCAUCCAUUACACCAUUGUCAUGAAUCGACCAGCUGUUCUUCUGAUAACUGAUGAUGUGGCCACAUCCUGUGACUUGUCCCAUCUUCUUUCGAUCAUGGUCGAUGGUUACUGUCGGACCCUCUAUGACGAUUUGAAUGCGCUAAGAAAGUUGGCGCUUGAGUUCCUGGGCAAGAACUGGAAGAUAUUAACUGGAAGUGUUAUUGCUGGUGGUGGUGGUGGUGGUGCUGCUGCUGCUGGUGGUGGUGGUGGUGGUGGUGGUGGUGGUGAUGUUUAUAGUGUUAGUGAUGAUGAUGACAAUGAGGAGGAGGAGGAUGGCGGUGGUGGUGGUAGUGAUAGUGAAGCUGAAGGCGAUAUUGACAACAGCGAUAAUUGCACCAUAGGCAGUGACAGCAGUUAUGGCAACAAUAUUAACCAGAACAGCAAAAACAGCAGAAAUCACAACGACAGCAGCCAAUUCAACAAAGUCAAUAACCACAACAACAAAACCACCAUUAAUAGCACCAACAAUGCAAAACUUGGUAACCACGACAGCGACCAGCUCCAUAGCAACAACAAUGCUACUGGUAGCAACACCUCUGCCGACAUUGAUGUCAAAAUUGCAGAGUCCCCCAGCAGUGAAAUCAAGACCAAAGUUAUGGCAACUGACAGCAAGGCCAAAAUUGUGGCAACAGACAGCAAGAGCAAGACCAAACCUGCAUUGAGCAUGAUCUGGAGCAAAAUGAAACUUGACAAAAGCAAAUUUAGAUUGAGUAAGAGCAAAAUGGAUAUUGGUGCUCACAGGCCAGACUAUGGCAGUGCUAGUAAGAUCCGAUAUACAGAACAACUGGCCAGAGCAAUUAACAAGCUAGAUCAACAGAUACGAAACAACCUUCAUAUGAUGUUUAUUUUGUCUAGCAAAGCUUGUAAAAAGUCGGUUAACUCUCUUCAUAAAUACUUUGAGAAAUAUCCAGCUUUCCUGACCAGUUCUUACUCCAUCAUGACAAACCCACCUUUGUCAACAGAGGCCUAUCAAGAAAUGAUCUCACAAUGGUUUGAAGAAGACAAUACACAGCAACUCUACAUUAAACAUGUGACCAACUUUGAGGAUACCAACACCAAAAUUGAAAUAUCUACAGCUGCACUCACCUACCUGCAUGAAUCGUCACAGACUGCACUGAGGAGGCAAUAUUUGUGCAAAAAGGGCAGCUUCCCUUAUUUCCCGUUGCAGUAUGUCCGUGAGAUGGUGUACUUGUUUCACAAGAUUACUGAUGAGAUUAUUGAGAAAGAAACGAAAAAAUUGUUGAACUAUGGAGGUGCUGUUGGCAAAGUAAAUGAGGCAUAUGGUCGCAUUGACAGCUUCAAAAUGGUUCUCAACAGCUUGGUACCGCAGUAUGACAAACAAAUGGAGCACGUCAAACUUCUGGCAAGCGACAUUAAGCAGCUGAGGCAGUUGUACGCAGAUGUGAAUUCAGAAAUGAAAGAUUGUCGAAAUACUCUGGUUGAUAUUGACAAAGAAAUCAUUGAAAUAAACAGAAUAAUUGACACAAUGUUUGCUGGUCUGAAUCCUAUUUUCCAAGCUGCUGUGGCCACGUUGCAAUCGAUCAACAAAAAGGCAUGGCAGGAAGUCAAAAGCUAUCGACAACCCCCAGAACCAAUCAAAGAAUUAUUAAGAGCUGUUUGUCUGCUCUUCCACUGUCCACAGAAUUGGGAAGAUGGCCAAGUUCUCCUGGUUGACUCCAAUUUCAUCAACGACCUCGUUUACUACGAAAGAGACCAAAUUACCGAUGAAAUGUUUGCAAGACUUAAAGGUUACUUAAGUAAUCCGAGUUUCACCAGCAAAACCAUGAUGCAAUAUAGUUUGGCAGCAGUCUCUGUCCUGGAGUGGCUGAAAGCGAUCUAUCGUUAUUGUAGGGCCAAGCAACUGUCUGCUCCCUACAAAGACAUGGUGGAAAAGUUAAAGGAAAAACAAAUUCAGAUUCAAGAACGUAUGGGAGAGUUACAUAAAAUAUCGGCGCUCGACAAAAGUCAGCUGAAGGAAGACUUACAGGCUUAUCGAGCUGUGAUGAAAAAGGCCAAAGAACUCGACGGUGAAAUUCAGGUUAUAAAGCAAAAAGUUGCUGAAGCUUCUCAUCUGAUGGGGAAUAUCUCAGAACAGCACCAUAUGUGGCAAUCUGAAGUUAGCAAAUCCAAGAUGAACCUUCGCACUGCAUUUGGUGAUGGAAUGCUUGCAGCAGCAUCCGUGAGUUACUUUGGAGCAUUUGAUGACCAGACAAGGUCUAAGCUUCUAGAAGAAUGGAUACAGCAUUUCCAACAGCCUUCGUUUGACAACACCACACCAGAAACACUCUACCCACAACACCGUAACGUGUUGGUGGACACGUUACCAUCAAAUAAACAGUCAUCGUCUCUGUCAAAGUCACCUUCACCUCCAAAUACAUCCUGUGCUUCACCAUCAACAUGGUCAGCUGCAUCAUCGCCACCAACAAGUCCGGAAGCGUUGCCAUCUCGUAAACAUGUCACAUUCUCAAUACAAAAGUACGAACCAAUGAUAGAGAACAACGAAUUCGUUUAUGGCAAGGAUGUCAUUAAUGAGAAAAAUGAUGCCGAUUACGAUGAAAUGGAUGACAAAAUGAGCAGCCGUUGCGACAACGAACCGUUUCUUUUGGUUCGGUCGGCGUUCUGUCUGCGGAGCGUUCUCAGUAAUUACCAGCAACUCAAUGACUGGAAAAUGAACAUGAACAUCAAUGACACACGCGCCAUUCAAAACGCUAUUAUGAUGAAUACAAACCUGUUGCACCAUCGAACCUUCUGGCCACUUCUUGUGGACCCAGACAGACAAGCUGAAGCCUGGGUGAGAUAUCUGCAUUUAAAUGCACCAAAGCGCAUCAUUAAACCCAAAAAGCCUGGUCCCUUGAGUAAGCCCUCAAGCCGAACAGUGUCACCAAGUCCAAGCACGACAAGUAUAAGAAGCAGGACUGGCUCCUCCAAGAAACGGGUUCCGCGAUCCUCUUCACGCAUUACCCCUUCGGUAUCCCUUGAAACGAUACCUUCAGAAAUUGUGCCACCCCAAGAAAGUUUUUUGUUGCUAGAAGCUGAUGACCCGAAACUGGAGCAGAAGAUACGGAAUGCACUAACAUACGGUCUAGUUGUGUUGGUAACCCUUGUAGAAUCCCUUCCUCUGAAUUCAUUCCUGAAGUUGUUAGUGUUCUGCCACGAGACGCAAACAAUGGGAGACGGGAACAAAGUUCUCAUAUUUGAAAAUACAAGAAUAGUUUGCCAUCCAAACUUCUAUUUGUAUCUUAUUCUACCAAUUCCAUUCAACAUUUGUGGUAAGAAAGUUUCCUAA